AGGAACAUGGCGCUUUGGAGGAUAGGUGCUUCAUGAUAGUCAGGGGCUAUAACGAUUGAAAUUCCCGUUGUUGUGUUCAUUUAGAUAACACUAAAGUACAGACACUAAAUAUGAGAGGCCGCGAAAGGUGACCGCCCCCUCUGUCUCCAUGGAUACCCGACCACUGCGUGUCGUAGCGGCGUUUGCUGUCGUCAGCUGAAACUCUUAGCAUCGAUAGCUAAAGCUAGUUAGCUGGCGAAUAGCCAGACGCAAAAACAGACACAAAAUGUGCUCGUUUAUGUAGCCUAAACUGACGCGAAGCUGCUAUUCAAUGUUUAAAACACUUAAGCCUUUUUUAAAUCAGCCAUUUAUUUGAUUUCACGUAGCUAACAUUUUGUUAGCUAAGCUAUAAGGAUGGAGAACCGCCGUGAAUAUAUUUUGUUGCUGAGCUUUGGGAUUUUUCUAUCGGCUUUGGGACUGUCUGAAGGCGCCCCUCUUCAGUAUGAUCAGAAAUCAGGUGAAGGCACAGGGGACACUUUGUCUGUCUCUAUCUACCUGUCCCUGGUGGUGUCUUUGAUGGUGAUUGUGUCCUUGGUGGUGGUGCUAGUGAACUGUGUGACCUGCUGCAAGGAAAGGGAGAUCAACUUCAAGGAGUUUGAAGAUCACUUUGAUGACGAGAUCGACUUCACUCCGCCAGCAGAGGACACCCCUUCUAUGCAGUCCCCAGCUGAGGUCUAUACCCUUGCCGUGUCUCCUGUGCCCCUGCCUGGCCCGCCACACCUACAACCUCCUGCCCGCAUCACAGAGGGAUCAACAGGCUUCCAGAUCGCGCGCCACAGUCUGAGCUACAUCCAAGAGAUCGGCAACGGCUGGUUUGGCCAGGUCCUGUUGAGUGAUAUCUACACAGACCCAGGGACAAGAGUGGUGGUCAAGGAGUUGAAAGCUAAUGCAAGUGCCAAGGAGCAGAAUGACUUCCUGCAGCAAGGGGAUCCAUACAGAGUUCUGCAGCAUCCAAACAUACUCCACUGCCUCGGACAGUGUGUUGAGGCGAUUCCCUUCCUGCUGGUUUUUGAGUACUGUGAAAUGGGGGAUUUGCGUGGCUAUCUUUCUCAGCAGGAUUGGAUGUUCAGAAAUGCUGAGUUGCUGCAGCUGCAGAGGAUGGCCUGUGAAAUUGCUGCUGGUGUCACUCACCUUCACAAACACAACUUCCUGCACAGUGAUCUAGCACUGAGGAACUGCUACCUGACUGCAGACCUCACAGUCAAAGUGGGAGACUAUGGCAUUGGACCCUGCAGAUAUAAAGAGGAUUACAUCAUCACAGAGGAUGAUGUGUAUGCACCCCUUCGUUGGUUGGCCCCUGAGCUGGUAGGCGAGCGCCAUGGUGGCGUAAUUACUAUGGAACAGACCAAGCCAAGCAAUGUGUGGGCAUUGGGGGUCACAUUAUGGGAGCUCUUUGAGAAUGCUGCUCAGCCGUACCCACAUCUGUCUGACCGAGAAGUUCUCAACCAUGUGAUCAAGGAGCAACAAGUCAAGUUGUUCAAGCCACAACUGGAACUUCCCUACUCUGAUAGAUGGUAUGAAGUUUUGCAGUUCUGUUGGCUGUCUCCAGACAAGCGGGCCACAGCAGAGGAAGUACACCGUCUGCUCAUCUAUCUGCGUAUGCAAGGCCAGAAGGACAUAGAAGAAGAUUUCGAGCAACGCUGGGAUGCACUGAAGCCUAACCCCACUAUGCGGCAGACCACUGUUAGCCAUUCCUCCUUCCCAAUCUUGGAACAGUUUGCUGAUGAUGCCCUGAGACAAGAAAUAGAUGAAAUUCUGACUGUGACUGAAACAAGCAAAGGUCUCAGCUUUGAGUAUGUUUGGGAAGCGGCUAAGCAUGACCACUAUGAUGGUAACCAUGGACGUUCAGGCGUAGACACAACACUAAACUACCACAGCAUGUUCUUUCCUGUUUCCAGUGAAGAUAUUCAGGCUCAUUUCCCUGAUCCUUCAACCAGCGCAGCAGGAGGAGAAAGUGGGAACACUCCAGGAUUUCCUGGGAUCUUACCAGUGUUUGAUGCUCAAAAGCCAUCUAAUGGGAAUGAAUAUUAUAUCCAACUAGAAGAGCAAGGGGAGAGCACUGUUGGGGAGGACGGGAAUAGAGAACCAGAUAUGGGCUUUGGUUCAAGCGGGCAAGAUUUUGUUGUGCUCCAAGAUGUGCGGCUAGAUGAGUCAAGCACAGAUGCUGACUUUUUCCACCAAAGUAUUGACUCAAAGGAUUCAUAUUUACCAGACAGCCACAUCUGGUCGUCUCUUGAAAAUGACAGUCCAUACCACACCAACAUUUUCACAGAAGACGGGUCAAAACAAGAAGACUCGCCUUCCUGGAGGCAGAAUUUUAUGGAGCUUCCAGAGCGCAGCGGAAACCCUUUCCUUGAAGGGGGAACUUUAGAGGGUGAAGCAGUGAAUAGAGAUGGAAGCUAUGGGGAUGCUUUUUUAGGGGAACCCACUCAGGUGGUGAAUUCUGUGGAAGCAAAGGAUGAAAACAUAAAUGGAAAAAGUCUUUUGAGUACUGAAAAACUAGCAGAUAAUUUUAUGUUUCUUAAAGAUCAAACCCUAAUGAAGGAGGGUUCUAGUUUCUCAAGCCCACAACCAAAUUUUCUUUUACCUGGUUUAGCCCACGAACCAGAGGAAGCAUUCAAAAUGAAUUCUUGGGAUAAGCUUGACUCGUUAGGCAGCUUAAACACAGCAGACACUUAUUUUAAAUCGGCAGCAAGUAGCACAUCCUCAAGACAUGAACUUCUAGACUCUCCAAGUAACAGUUUGGGGGAGUUUUGUCAGUCUCUAGAAAAUGAGACACUGGUGCCUUCCAUUACAGUGGUCACAGAAGAUGACACAAGCAACCAGCUGCCAGCUAGAAAUAGUUCUUCCACAGAAGACCUUGGUCUGUUGCAAUCCUCAAACAGAGGUGUAGACUCUGGUUUUGAUUCUACCUCAGAGAGGUUUGAGGUUCUCAUCAGUCACACUGAUGACCACACCACUGCAAUAUCUGACAGUGCCAAUACAGAUUCUUUGUGCACAGAUGCCAAAAUUCCCAGCCUUGAAGAUGACCUUGGAACCUCAAAGGACGACGCUCAGCCCAUAGAAAAUAAAAUGCCUGAACCCCUGCCAGCUCAAGUAUUACCUUCAGAUAAUGGACACAGUGAAGACAUAACAAGUAAUGAUUUGUUGAGUGACCUAAUUGAGGAUGCAGAUAUAGAAAUGGAAACCACUCUGUCUGAUCAUGAAGAAUCAUUUAUGGAUACCAAUGGGCAUUCUCAUGACAGAGCUUCUCUCCUGGUGUCGGGUCCAUCUUUGGACCAGAUCAGCCAGGACAGUUUAUUGGAAGACAGUAUGUCCACCACUGUUCCAACUGUAGAGAACUUUGCUGAAACACCAGACUCAUUAGACUCACUUGACAUACACAGGCUUGGAGAGCAAGGAGAUGAACUGAAUGCUCAAAUUGCUCAACACAAACUCCAACCUCCAUACAGGAUAUCAGACAGUGGUUAUGAGACUGAGAACCUGGAGUCUCCUGAGUGGAACUCUCAGCCAAAUGUCCAAGAUUCCUCUCCUGUAAAAAAUGGCUUGAGUGUUACCAAAGAAGAAGAGGAGACAGAAGAGCUCACAACUGCGGCAAGUCUGGUUCCACCGAAAAUCAUAAUCUCCGAAGUAGAGGGUGUGCCAGAUACUCACAGUGAAGAUCCCAGUGAGGGAGAUCAGCCAGAUAAUGAAGGUCCUCCUGAGGAACCAAUUAUGGGAAGUAAUUACAGAGACUCUGCAUACUUUUCUGACAAUGAAUCAGAGCCUGAAAAGAAGUCUGAAGAAAUAACUGCAGGUGGUUCUGUUGAAGACACGUGGCUGAGGAACUCUACUGACGUGGUUCCCGAGGCUUCUGGAGCUCCUCCACUGGAGGCUUACAAGGAAAAAGAUAUUGACUCUUUAUUUUCUCUACCUGCUGAAUCACAAGCCAAGGAUGUUAAGGAGAUGGGUUCAGUAGCAGAUUCAGAUAUCACAGAAAAUGGUGAAAACCAGGUGGUCGAGUCUACCAGCAGCUCCAAUGAAGAUGGAAUUAAACCAGAGGUUUUCAAGGACACCGCAUUUACUGAUCACCUGGACCCCUCUGAAGGUCUAGAAACCUCAAUACUUCCUUCUAUUGCCCCAGCUAAGCCAGCAACAGAGAGUGUAGUUCACGCUAAACUCACCAGAACCGACACCAGUGAUGGUCAUAAAAUAAAGGAGCCGGAUGUGGAGGGGCGUUACCUGGGGAGGCGGGAUGGGUCGGGUUUAGAUGGGCAAGAAGAUGGUGUAGAUGCAGACGAGGAGGACGAGAACAGCGACGACUCGGAUGACGACAUGCGUGCGUACCAGCUGCACAGCUCUAGCUCAGAAAGCGAGGAUGAAACCGUGCACCCGGUGCCAGUUGUAAUCUCGGACGACAGUAGGGCGAAGAACCUGAAGAGCUUGUUAAAACCCACGUCUCUGAACAUCGGAGCAUCAUCUUCCCCGUUUCCUGCAAGGUUCGGUGCGGAUAACUCCAAAAGAGCCGUGUCUUUCUUUGAUGAUGUCACUGUCUACCUGUUUGACCAGGAGACGCCCACCAAGGAACUCGGUGACCACUCCUUGGAUUCAAACAGUCGGGUACCACAGUUUAGCAGCUCCAUGCCCGCUGCCAGCUACCUGAACCGCUUUGCCAACUCUGAGAGCUCAACAGAUGAAGAAGGUGGUGGUUUUGAGUGGGAUGAUGACUUCUCCUCACCUGCACCCGCCUUCCUGUCCAAGACAGGUAAAGACACUGUAUCCAAGGCAAGGUCCUCAUCUGCAGUGUCAUCGUUUUCCUCUCUGGCCCCUGCAGUGGGGUCCAUGCUGGAUACCAGCUGGACCGGCUCCUCAAGCUACUCCCGUUUUUCCAUCUCACCGGCCAGCAUUGCCAGCUUUUCCCUUACCCAUCUUACCGACUCUGAUAUUGAACAAGGAGGAAGCAGCGAGGACGGAGAGAAAGACUAGGGUGCUAAAUGAAGGGACCGUUUAUCUUCACACUACUGCGGAAUGAAGCUACUCUCGCACUUUUUUGGGAGAACAGCCGAAUAAGGACAACAGACGAUGCAGUUUGUGGGGACAAACUGCAGAUGCUUCUCUCAGGCAGAACUAUUCUCAGCGGCGUGGCCAUGAGAACAAAAGGCUGUAAACGGACAUUAGGCAAAUAAGACGGACGAGGCCCAGUCCCAGUCUGAGCCACAUCACCUCUCCAGCUCCAUCUGUGUGUGUGUGUGUGUGUGUGUGUGUCUGUGUGUGUGUGUGUGUGUGUGUGUGUGUGUGUGUGUGUGUGUGUAUGAUUUUUAGUUCAGUGCAAUUAAAAUGUUUUGGGGAGGGAAAACAAACUAACUGACGUAGCUUCUAAAUGUUUGCUUUAAUGCCUCAUCAUCUGCAUUCCAGGCGUUUGGCUGCUUCUUUUUGUUGUGUGUAAGUGCACUCCUUUUCUAGGACUUUUGCUUCACCAAAAAAGAAAAAAAAAUUAAUUUAAUUAAAGAAAAUCAACCCACUGGGCUGGUAAACGUAUCACUACAGCCAAACAAGAAUAAGCUCUUUGAUUUUACACACACCUAAAACUGACAGCUUAAUUUGUUCACUUUGCUCCUUCAUGUCAUGCGAUUAUUUCCGUGAUUGCCUUUUAUUUUGAAAGAAUUUUUUUUUUAAACUUCCUGUUAAGUUUAAUCACAGUCUCCUUUAUGGAGGGGAAGCCAUGUGUGUUGUCUUUCUGUAGCAGCAUUUGAAUAAACGGGUUGUAACUGCUGUAAGUGCAAUCCAUGCAUAGGAUGACUGGAACACUACACUACAGAGGCGACACACUGUAUUGUCCUUUGUUUUAAAGGAACAUGUAUAGUAAGCUGAGUCGAAGUUUGGAGAAAUGUCGGUGAGAAUUGUGGGAUUGUCAUAUCAGUCGUUAAAGAGGCGACCCAACUGUAAGACAGUUGUGAUGAAUAACUUAAAACAAGUUGUUGUUGUUUUUCUUUUGUAAAGCUUUAUUUUAUCCUUGCGAAUGUGCAGGAAGUCGCUUUGAUGGUUGUCUCGAUUACUUUGUCGCUGGGUCUCAUUCCAGUGCCUGAUGACGCUGAAAGACAGCUGCACCCCUCGAUUGAUGAUCACUAAAAAAAAAAGUUUAGUGGGAUGAUGUUAAAAAAAAAAAAAAAAAAAGCUGGAGAAGUUUAUUUUUAAAUGUAAGGAUGAAGAAAAUGUUAUGAGCUGUUUGUAAUCAAAUGUGCAAUGAAUUUCAUAAAUUGGUUUGAAUCAGAGUUUGUAGGACAAGCUGACGAGCGUGUGCAGGGACUUUAAGCUUUCACAGCAACUCACUACUAGAACAACGACAACAACAAGAAACUCAACGCUGCUGCUUUUAUAAACCCGAGCGUUGUGGACGGAGUUGUUUGCCUUUUUCUUUUUUCAGCUUUGUGUCAAACUUCACUAUUUCAGAUUGCAUUUCCAUCUUAAAUGACCCUUUCUGUUCAGCUGCUGUCUCUGAGUCUUAUCAUUUGCGGGGCCGUACGUACAGGGAUGUGCAUUCGUCGCGAUCACUUUCUGUAUAGAAGCGCAGUGCAAAUGGUUAUAGAUGAAGACAGACCUUCCUCCUGACAUUUUUAUGUACAGCUUUAAAAUCUCUUAUUUGAAACUGUAGGUUAUACAGUUAAGGCUUUCCUUUCAAUUGACCUUGAAUAUUUUGUCGCUGAUGACGAGAUGAGAAGCUGUACUUCACCCGUAAUAGCUACAUGUCCGUCUCACCUGCCCCAUACAAACGACACUGUAUCCCAGACAAUGUUAUCCUCUGUUUAAAAACCAGCAGCCUGUGCUUCAGUUAAACUUGAACAUCUAUUUAAGGAAAUCUUGUUUUAUUUCACUACAGUAUACAUUUGCUUAAUCUUGCACAUUUGAGAAAUGUAACUUAAUGUUAAACUGUACUGAUGUGUAUAUAAAUGUUAAUUUUUCUUUUUUGUCUGUAAAUGAUGGGAAAUUAUGUAAUUGAGUUCUAGGUAUGAGGUUUCAUUUUGUAACUUAAACUGAGUUGAAUCAGAGGAACAUAUCACAGUCAUCAGCUACAAGCAGUUAAAUUAAGACAAACAAGCAGACGUGAAGUCAUUCUGUCCUUUAAACUUGUAGAAUUAAAAAAAUAUUUUUACUUCAUAUUGAUCAUGCUUAGUGUGAUUGAAAUGUUUAUAAUUACACUGUUUAAUAUGAAAAUAAAUGCAAAUGACUUCUAA